AUGGAUGCCGCCGCCAUUCGCCGUUGCAUCGUCGCCACCCUCGACGCCAACGCCGAGACUCGCCACCAGGCCGAGCUUCAGCUGAAGCUGGCCGAGGAGCAACCAAAUUUUACAGACAUCCUUCUGGAUCUCAUCCAGUCCGAGCCAAAUGUCAACCUCCAGCUUUCCACCGUUAUCUACCUCAAGAACCGCGUCAACCGCGCGUGGCAAGCCCAGGAUGCCUACCCUGCCGAGUCGAUGAUACCCGAGGAUGCCAAGGGGCGCUUUCGAGACCGGUUACUGCCCAUCCUCGCCGGGUCUCAGAACCUGGUGCGCCACCAGCUGGUUCCUAUCCUGCAACGCAUCCUCCACUUCGACUUCCCGGGUCAAUGGCCCAAGUUCAUGGACUACACCAUCCAGCUGCUCAACACCAAUGACGCGCCCUCGGUUCUCGCUGGUCUCCAGUGCCUUCUCGCCAUCUGCCGAGCCUAUCGCUUCAAGGCCGGUGUCGGGGGCAGCAGAGAGAAUUUCGAGAAUAUUAUCGAGGCGAGCUUCCCCAGGCUGCUGACGAUAUGCAACGAGCUGGUGAACCAGGAGAGCGAAGAGGCUGGGGAGAUGCUGCAUAUCGCCCUAAAGUCGUACAAGCAUGCGACAUGGCUCGAACUGUCCGAGUUCCUCCGGCGAGGACCCGUCAACUUGGGAUGGUGUACCGUCUUCCUCCAGACCGUGGCCAAGGCCACGCCUGCCAUUGCCAUGAACGAAGACCCCCAAGAGCGAGAGCGUCACCACUGGUGGAAGGCAAAGAAGUGGGCCUACUUUAACCUCAACCGUCUUUAUAUUAGACAUGGUAACCCGCAGUCCUUUAUGGACAAGGCUAGCGAAAGCCAAGCCUUGUUUGCCAAAGAGUUCUCAGCCCAGGUUGCGCCCGAAAUCCUCAAGCACUAUCUCUCAGAGAUUGAGAAGUGGGUUUCCAAGACAUCUUGGCUAAGCCGGCCUUGUCUUUCGUAUACGAUUGUGUUUCUCGACGAAUGCAUCCGCCCCAAGGAAAUGUGGACACACCUGAUGCCGCACUUGACCAACCUGGUUACGCACUUCAUCUUCCCCGUCCUCUGUCUUUCCGAGGAUGACCUUGAGAAGUUUGAGGAAGAGCCGGAGGAGUAUCUUCAUCGCAAGCUUAACUUCUACGAGGAAGUGUCUGCACCCGAUGUCUCGGCCACUAACUUCUUGGUCACGCUGACAAAGGCUCGGAGGAAGCAGACGUUUGAGAUCCUCAAGUUCAUCAAUGAGGUGGUCAAUCAAUAUGAGCAGGCUCCCGAAGACAAGAAAAACCACAUUGCAAAGGAAGGUGCUUUGCGCAUGAUCGGAACGCUCGCGCCGGUGAUUCUGGGUAGGAAAUCCCCAAUCGCCGAUCAGGUCGAAUAUUUCCUCGUCCGUUAUGUUUUCCCGGAUUUCAGCAGCCAGCAAGGUUUCCUCCGAGCCCGCGCUUGCGAUACUGUUGAAAAGUUCGAGGCGUUGAACUUCAAGGACCAGGGCAAUCUCCUCAUCAUAUAUCGCCAUAUUCUCGACGCCAUGGCGGAUCCCAAGCUCCCAGUCCGUGUGACCGCGGCCCUGGCCCUGCAGCCCCUGAUUCGGCACGACAUCAUCCGGACGAGCAUGCAGCAGAGCAUCCCUACCAUCAUGCAACAGCUCCUCAAGCUGGCCAACGAAGCUGACAUCGAUGCCCUGGCAAACGUAAUGGAGGAUUUUGUCGAGGUCUUCGCUGCCGAGCUUACUCCGUUCGCCGUGGCUCUUAGCGAGCAGCUACGUGACACGUACCUGCGCAUUGUCAGAGAGCUGCUGGAGAAUAACGAGAAGCGAGAUGAUCCGGAGGCCGAGUACGGCGACUUCCUAGAUGACAAGAGCAUCACAGCACUAGGAGUCUUGCAAACCAUUGGCACUCUUAUCCUCACACUCGAGAGCACUCCAGACGUCCUGCUCCAUAUUGAAGGAGUGCUGAUGCCCGUUAUCCAGGUGACGUUGGAGAAUAAGCUUUAUGAUCUUUAUAAUGAGGUUUUUGAGAUCAUCGAUAGCUGUACAUUCGCCGCUAAGCAAAUCUCCCCUACCAUGUGGCAGGCGUUUGAGCUUAUUCACACGACCUUCAAGUCUGGAGCCGAGCUGUAUCUCGAGGAUAUGCUGCCUGCCCUGGACAACUUUGUGCAGUAUGGUUCCCCGCAGCUCAUCCAGAACCCUGAGUAUGUCAAGGCAUUGUUCUCGAUGGUCGAAGAUAUGUUCACGGACGGCAAGGUUGGCGGUGGCGUAGACCGGAUUUGUGCGUGCAAGCUCGCCGAGGCCAUAAUGCUGAGCCUCCGCGGUCACAUUGACGGCUGCGUUCACGGAUUCAUCAACAUGGCAAUGGGUGUGCUCGCAACACAAGAGGUCAAGAUCAAACCAUACAGGAUCCACCUCAUGGAGAUGGUCAUCAACGCCAUUUAUUAUGACCCUCUAUUCGCACUUCGCAUCCUCGAAUCGCAAGGAUGGACGAACAAGUUUUUCAGCCUCUGGUUUGGCAGCAUGGACUCGUUUACCCGAGUGCAUGAUAAGAAACUGUGCAUUGUGGCCAUUGUUGCGCUUCUCAACAUACCGGCCGACCAGGUCCCGGCGAGCGUUUCAGUCGGGUGGCCCAGACUCCUCCAGGGCAUCACGGUUCUCUUCAGCUCCCUGCCAGCGGCAUUGAAGAACCGCGAUGAGGCUUUGAAGGAUGACUUCCAACUCGAAGGCGGAACUUACGGUUAUGAGGACGAGGACGAAGAGUGGAACGAGGACGAAGCGACCUGGGAUGCCGAAGGGGGAGUUGAGGAGGAGUCUAGCGACGCCAAGGAUGAGAGCACAGCGUAUCUCGAGUUCCUCAACGAGGAGGCACAAAAGUUCGGCGCCACAGAAACAGAGCUUUCUGAGGACGAGCUUGGCGAGGACAGCGUGCUAUUAGAGACUCCCCUCGACAAGCUCGACCCCUACAGCACUUUCAGACUUUCGUUCCUGAAAAUGCAACAAGAACAGCCCCAAUUCUACGCGUCCUUAACCUCACACCUGUCUACCGAAGAGCAAACCGUCAUUGCAGCAGUUUGCCAACAAGCCGAGGUCCAAGCUCUUGCAGCCCAGCAACAGGCUGUGGUGGCCGCCCAAGUAGCCGCAGCCGCAGCAAAUGGUACGAGCUAG